UGUGACGAUUUUGUCCUGCAGAAAAACCAAACACAUGUGUAUUACCCUAAUGUUAGCUAUCUGGCUAGUAAAUGAACGAUGGGAAAGAAACGACAGAAGAGUCAGGUAUUCAACAGUUUAUCAAAAAAGCAGAAGAAACAUCUGAAAGAAUUCGGAGAGGAGCAUCCGUUCCAUGAUAUAGUAACAGAAAAAGCAGAGAAAAUACAGGUUUUGGAUCUGCCGGAAAGCCCAAUACACUCUAGUGCUGAAACUGACGAUGACGACGAACCAGAGCAGAAGUCGGCGUAUCAGAAGUUAUUGUCUACUCUUAGCCACCCUGCUGACCGCGAAAGCGAAGAAGACGAGAGUGAUGAUGAUGAUGAUGAUGACGACGACGAAGAAGAGCAUCUCAGUGAAACAGGUAGUAUUGGAGAUGAAGACGAUGAGGAAGAUCAUGAAGAAGGAAAUGCUUUAACUAUGACACCAGAAGAAGCAGGACCAAAUGAAGAGGGUGAGAAUGCUAUGAAUGAUGAAACAACUGGAGACAAGUUUGAGGACAAGGAGCAUGAGUCUCAGUUCUGUCUGGAGAACAACUUCUCUGGAGAAGAAGAACAGGAGGACACAGGGAACACAAAUAAACUGGAUGACAUAGAAGAUCCUUUUAAGAUGCACCUUGACACAGAGAUUAGUGAGGAGGAUGUGAAAAUAAUUGCAGCAGGCACUAAAGCCAAGACCCAAGUCAAAUGGCCAAGACUGGGCACCCUCCUAUGCUCCUCCCCUCUGGCGAGGUUCGGCCCCAUCGGUCAGGAGAGAGACACAAGCCCCCUGGCAUUCCACAGAGUCCUGGAAACCAACUGGAAAUCUCUCAACCAGACCACCGACUCCAAGGGGGCUGAGGAAGAUGUCAGUGCAUUGCAGGUGGAGCUGCUGGCUGUCAUGGGCUCCUACAGAGACUUGUACUUCCCAGAGAGCUCGCCAGUCACAGAGGGGCUGGAGGUCCGCAGUGCCUACUGCCUUCAUGCGCUUAAUCAUGUGUUGAAAUCCAACUCAAGUGUUCUGGCUCAUAAUGCCCAGAUCAGGGAGAACCAAGCCCAGAGUACAGCCAAGAGGAACAAGGCUGGAGUAGAGCCACAGGAUGAGCCCCGAGACCAAGGCCUGACCCGACCAAAGGUUCUGAUCCUGGUGCCGUUCCGAGAUGGAGCACUGCGGGUGGUCCAGACCCUUAUCAGCCUCCUGGAGACCAAGGGCAAGAAGAUGGAUGUCAGCAAUAAGAAGAGGUUCAAAGAUGAGUUUGGAGAGGAGUCGGGGGGGACACCGCCCAACCCCUUCAGACCCGACGACUACACAGCACUUUUCUCUGGCAACAUUGAUGACCACUUUAGGAUAGGCAUUUCCAUCUUAAGGCGACGCGUUCGUCUGUAUGCACCCUUUUACUCUUCUGACAUAAUAAUAGCGUCUCCACUGGGCCUGCGUACGAUGCUGGGAGCGGAGGGGGAGGCCAAGAGAGACUUUGAUUUCUUGUCCUCAAUCGAGAUGCUGGUGUUGGAUCAGGCCGACGUCUUCCUCAUGCAGAACUGGGAGCACCUUCUGCAUGUGAUGAAGCAUCUGAACCUGCAGCCUUUGGACUCCCACGGGGUAAAUUUCUCCAGGGUACGCAUGUUUAACCUCAACAACUGGGCCAAGUAUUAUCGGCAGACACUGGUAUUCAGCGCCAUCCAGGAUCCGCAGAUCAACAGCGUCAUCUCAAAGCACUGCUUUAACUACCGCGGCCAGGUUGCCACCAAGAAUAUGCCUGCAGCAGGCUCCAUCUGCCAAGUUCUGGUGCAGCUUCCUCAUGUUUUCCAGAUGUUCAAUUCCAACAGCUUCAUGGACCAGGAUGCAAGGUUCCAGUUCUUUGUGGAUAAGGUCCUGCCCCAGUACAGAGACUCAGUCAUGUCCCAUACGCUCAUCUACAUUCCCUCAUACUUCGAUUACGUCCGGCUGCGCAACUACAUGAAGAAGGAAGAGAUAAAUUUUGCCAGCAUAUGCGAGUACUCCACUAAGUCAGAGGUGUCCCGAGCCAGGCACUUUUUCAAGAAGGGAGACAAGCAGUUUAUUCUCUUCACUGAACGCUUCCACUUCUACAAGAGAUACACCGUCAAGGGCAUUCAGAACUUAAUAUUUUAUGGGCUGCCGACCUACCCUCACUUCUACAGUGAGAUGUGCAACUUGCUGCAGACAGGGGGCAGAGAGGAGGCCAGUUGGACCUGCACAGCUCUUUACUCUCGCUACGAUGCCCACCGCCUCACUGCCAUCACUGGAGCCAAGAGAGCAGCCCAAAUGCUACAGUCUGAAAAGCCUGUACACCUGUUCAUCACAGGAGAGAAGGACACAUGACCCCGAUGGAUAGAAAUUGAGUUUGGAAGAAGAAAGUCAUACCAGCAAUAGUUUUACACUGGUCAUAGAUCAGUGAUUAGACCUUUUACUUGGGUUAAAAUAAAGAAAUCUGCUUUGUAAAAAACAUUAAAAUAUUUGAAUAUACAA